AUGCAUAUUUUAUUGUUGUUUGAAGAUAUUCGUUUGCCGCUCUCUCUGGGUUUCUCGCAUCAGAAACCAUGCCGAAGCAUUAAGGCCAUCCUCUCGCUGCAGGUAGCAGUGAAACACGAUGCCAGUCUGACACGCUGUAGGUAGCAGUAAACACAAUUCCAGCUCCAUGAAAGGAAACAAAACCAUAGGCCAUCCUUCUGACGCCAUCGGCAAUCGGAAUGAAACAUCUGAUUCUCCACGUCCAGGCCCCGUUGCGGUGUUACGUGGUAAAAGAAUGACGACUGGUAGUCAACAAAAGGCUACAAGUCAUCGACCAGUAAACAAGAGAUUUUCUCUUCCAUUUGGAAAAUUUCAUCAUUGCUUAUUGUGUUUAUAUAUAUUUUUUAAUAAUUCGCAAUGGGAGUGUUCUCUCUGUGUGUAGCUGUUUUGCUUUUCUCGCCUGGUUUGGCCCACUUAAAUGAAGGAAAAAAAGGAAAUGAGUUAGAAGUCAGUUUAACCAAUGCAAGUUCAGUAAUUGAUAAAAAGGACACAGUCAAACAAUUGCUUCUGGAUCAUCGGGUAGAAUCCUCUGAAAUCAUAACUGAAAAAAAUUCAACUUUGAUUGUUGCAAACAAGCAUGACGGGAAAAAAAAGCGCCCAAGUAAACGUCGCAAGAACCGCGUCAACCAGCUGAAUCAGAAAGGCAGGAGACCCAGUGGACGUAAUCGUCGUCCUCCAAAUGAAAAGAAAGGAAACAAGAAGGCCAAACAACCCAGCAGCCGUGCAGUUCGGUAUUUGGCCCGAUCAGCCCAUACCGAUCAAUUGAAUAAAGCUGUGGAUGACAUGCUUGCAUGUAUGUCCCAAACAUUAGCCACACAGAAUUCUACGUUUUCUGUAAGAUUAAAUACCUUCCGUACGAAUAUGAAAAUAUCUCCUUGGGCGUUUGUUGCGCUAAAUAAAACAAACACGAUCAAAAUGGCAGCAAAAAUGAUAGAUGAGAAAACCCGCCGAGUAAGAGCUGCCAACGAUUUCAAGAAUGAAGCUGCCGAAGUAGAUACCGAAAGUUAUGAAGACGACGAUGAUGCGAUGAAUCCGGAAGAAGAAACGACACUUGACCCCGUAACUGAAAAUUCAAAUGAUAUUGGUGAAUCCUCCACCGUUCCAGAGGAGUUUAUGGCGACUGAAGAGGAUGACGUUGACGACAGUGCAGAGACAGUCACAUAUGUUUCCGUUAACAUCACGCAAUCCAAAAAGGAUAAUGUUACAGGGUAUCAUCGAACCCAACAACCACCUCCGGUUGUGCUGCCAGAUGGCACGGUGGAAUACAGUCUACAGCUGCUCAGUGAUAAUGAAAUUCAGAAUAGGAAACUGGGAUUUGCUGAAGAAGAGUCAUCACAACAGCGAGAGGAUUCAGGUCGCCAAGCUAAGGAAUUGGAUGGUGAACGUGACCAAAGUUCAUCCCGAAGUUAUCCACGCAGACCAAGUGCUACGGUUGAAGGAAUAGGAUUUAUUCAAAGAAACGGCGACGUUUUGGUCGGAAUGAGACAAAAUUCCACUGCGCACAUUAUCGACACACAAUUACUAAUCGGCCCACUGCAGUAUGUAAUGGAUAGAAAAUCAGGGGAUUCCUUCUUCAACAAUCGCGUGUAUCAAUGCCUCAACUGACAGCUAAACUACGUUUGACGGAAGUUGAUGGGAAAUUGGUCGCAGUAAGAUUCAAACCCACAAAAAUUCGUCCUAAUGAAGCAUUGGUUACUCUUCGAUUAAGUGAAAAUGGGAAGGUACCGUCACAUUUGGAGACGGCCCGUCUUGUGUCUUAUCUGAGUCGGGAAAUGACGAGAGUUUGGAACUCUGGAUAUCUACUGCGUCGCGUCAAACGCCAGUUUAAGCAGUUAUUUAUAGAGGGAACAACUGACAAGAAAACAGAUUCCAAGCACGACGACGCUCGGAAGAUUGUUCAAAUGUUAGCCUUUUCAGCGUUUGAGGAACCCCUGUCAGCUGAUACAGGAAAAGAUAACAAAGAGUUGUCGAAAGCAUAAAUGCUUCUAACCCGAAUAUUUUCAUAUCAUGAUUAUUCUAUACACUUUAACGCAAAUAACUUUGCCUGGUAUAGCGAACCCAAAUUACUUUUUACAACUAUUAAAUUCACGAAUUACCACAUUACGAUACAAAAUACAAUGAAUUCUAUAACUA